AUGCAACAACCAAUUCUUGGAUACUAUGAAAUCCGCAGCUUCGCGGAGCCUCUUAGAAUGCUUCUUACUCACUUUGGAGUUGCUUUUGAAGAUAAGCAGUACACCUUUGGUCCUGCUCCAGACUUCGAUUUAUCAAGUUGGCUUAAUGCUAAAGAAACUUUAGGAUUUGAUUUUCCUAAUUUGCCUCAUUUUAUUGAUGAAAACAUCAAGCUAACUGAGACUUUAGCAAUUUACGAGUAUAUCUGUGCCAAAUAUAAUCCUUCUUAUCUUGGCAAUACCAUUGUGGAAAAAGCUUAUGUGGCAAUGCUCACUGGAGUUCUAAAUUGCCCAACUUUUAAAUUGGAACAAAAUAUAGGUAAAAGUUCCAUUGUUUUGGAUAUUAACCCCUUUUAAAUUGGAACAAAAUUCAAUUUUAAAAUAAAAGUUUUAUAGCGAAAACCAUAAUUUAUACGUAAAUACUUUAAUAUCCAAUUUAAUAUGCAGAAUCAAAAAUUAAACACUAUUUUGUUAUUUUAAAGGGGGAGAGUUAGAAGAAUACCAUUUCGGCAAGCUUUGAGAAUAAAUUAAUUUUCCAGUAAAUUAAAAGUUAAAAUCCAAACACAAAAUAUAUAAUUUUUUCUAUAUAAAUUUUAUAUUGAUUUUUUUUUAUAAAAAAUUUUCUUAACCUCCCUUUAAAUUGGAACAAAAUUUUUUGUUCCAAUUUAAAAGGGGGAGUAAGAGAUUUCAAUAGUCCUAUUGGAGCAGCUUCCUAUAGCCCAGAUGCAGCGACACUUUUACCUCAAGUUUUAGAAAGUCAAAAAACAAUGCUAGGAAGAUUUGUCAAAUAUCUUGAAGGAAAAACAUUUUUAGUUGGAGAUCAUCCUACCUAUGUCGACUUUUAUUUUUAUGAGUCACUUGAUAGGCUUGAUGCUAUUGAUCCAAGCUAUUUAGCUGGAAUUUCACCACUAUUUGAAGCUUAUAAAGGUCAUGUAAGAAGUUUGACUCAUGUCGAAGAAUUUGUUACAAGACCUAAUAGACCACAUUUUCAUGGCCCUGUAGCUGGUUGGAGAGGAUAA